AUAUAGAUUCCAGGCGAGCCCGUCUCUGAUCUCUCUCCCUCUGGCAAUGAACCAUGUCCAGGGUUUUCAUCAAUUUCAAGGCGCUGUUAGCUUCCCCUGCGUCGGCGUCGUCAGCUGCAGCAGCCCAUUUUUCUUCUUCGGCUUCGAUCGCCACUGCUUCCAAAUCAGCUACUUCAAAAGCGGCUCAGAAAACUCCGAAAAAGUCGACCACUUCAAAACGCAAGGCUGAAAAACCAGCUACUCCCCGAACCAGGACCCGACCGUCUGGGAUUUUUAAAAUUGCCCCUGUUUCCCCUGCUUUGGGUCAAUUCGUUGAAGCCCAACAGGCUUACCGUACCGACGCUGUUAAGCAGAUCUGGAACUAUAUCAAGGCCCACAACCUUCAGGUUCUCUCUAUCUCUUGUCUCAGGAAUGAUGAACAAUGUUGUAUUUGGUGUUUGAUAUCUCUGUCUUUUAAGAUGUCUACCUCCGAGGCUGCAUUUUCACCCUCUGCUUUCUUUAUCUUAUUUAAUGUUUGCUUAAGAGUUUCCAUUGUAACAUGCACUGAAAUAUAUGGAAACUUUUGCCUGCAGAAUCCUGAUAACAAGAGGGAGAUCUUUUGUGAUGAGAAGCUUAAGACCAUUUUCGAUGGAAAAGAAAAGGUCGGUUUCCUGGAGAUUGGGAAAAUGCUAUCACGCCACUUUGUGAAGUCUAGCUGACCUCUUUUCAUAUUUUGCCAUUGGUUGCCCAACCAACAUUGAGCUAUAUAUAGCUCUUCCUGUCAUUCUUAACUGAACUCUUUUCAUGUGUGUUCAUGUUUUGAGAGCUGAGCUGUCUGGGGCUAGCCUUGCAACUAAGAAAGAGGUCCAAGCUGGACUUCUGUAAAAAUUCAGUAGGACCAGGGAGUGAAAAAGUAGAUAUUUUUAAUUUGGUUUCCUU